AUGUCUAAACGUGCACAUUUCAAGUACAUUCCCGUCAUAUUGCCAGGGAUUGUGACAAUACGACGGGAAUAUGCCGCAUCGUCAAAAUUGCUCAGCAAGACCACGUUACCCAAGAAACCUACCAAAACACAGGCCAAAAAAGCAAAAUCUACACGGCGGGCCAAACAGAAGGAGGCUAGCAUCAAAGUAGUAAAAUACUCGGCUAAUACUACCGUGAAUCGCCUACUGAAUCGAAGCUUUGGUGGGACGGAUGGCAAAUAUUACUAUGGGGAUACCUGGUCAUUCAAUCUGCAGACCAGGAAGUGGACAGAAUUGAAUUGCUUAGGGCUCAUUCCUUCUGCCCGAGAAGGCCAUGCUGCUGCUAUUGUGGGCGACAUUGUUUACAUCUUUGGUGGGCGAGACACCAAUGGCAAGGAUUUGAGUGACAUGGCUGCUUUCAAACUUUCAACACAUGGGCCCUUCGCUUGA